GCGUCCACUGAUGCCGCUGUAGCCGCUCGCCUGACAUCCGCAGUGAAACCUCUUCAAGAUUUGUCCCCUUCGGAGGACAUCAUUGACAUUAAACUGGACACAGACGAUGCUUUCAAUGAGGACUUGAGCUUUAGCUGUGAAAGUUCAUUACAUCCCAGGAAGAAGCCAGCCUCUAUAACGAGAACGCAGAGGCCUACAGUUCAGGUAUACAGGCCGCCAGGAAGCACGCACCGCCUGGAGGAACGCAGCACCGUACGCAGACCGCCCCAGAGCGACCCCGUUACGGUCAGACAGCCCAGCUUCUUUAGCAACAGAGCAGUUGACACCAAACCUUAUGAACUGCAAGAGGCCUUCCGAGCAGAGGAGACCUUCAGAUCUGCAGUGGGGACAGAGAGAGCUUUACAUGAGUUUGAUGGGUCCCGGAAGAGGAAGAUGCCUGUUGCCAGUUCGGUGGUGAAGGUGAAAAGAUUUUUGGAAGAGUUCGAGGAGGAAGAUGACGAGGAGGAGGAAGAUUACAUCUCUCGAGCAGCUGCUGUACCCAGCAGUGUGUCUAUUCCUUCCAGACCGGAGAGAAGGCCUACUCUCCCACCAUCAAAACAAGCCAACAAGAACCUGAUCCUGAAGGCCAUAUCUGAAGCUCAGGAAUCUAUUACCAAAACAACCAGUUACUCCACAGUUCCCCCAAAGCAGAUGGUUCCUGUGGCUCCACGAGCUCGUCCGCUCCCCGAGGAGGAGCUGAUCCUGAUGAAGAGUAGAGCCUCCAUGUUGCGCUAUCAGGAAGAGCCGGAGGAAGCGCCAGACAUCAGGCAAGUUGACCAGCGUAGAAUGGACAUCCUCUCCAGAUUGCACCCAGAACCAAUGGAGGAAACCAACACCUGGGGACAAGUCAACGAGCGUAGAAAGGACGUCCUCUCCAGACUGCACCCGGAGCCAGUAGAAGAGACCACAACCUGGGGACAAGACGUUGAAGGAACAGAAAAUCUUCGGGCCAUGGACAGCCGGUCCUUCAUCCUGAAAAGUCCAAAAGUAUCCAAGACGCCCCCCAUGCAGACUCCUCCCACAGCUGACAGUCCACAGCAGUUUGGAAGACUUGCACAGCCCAGAGAGAAUCCAAUACCUGAAAAGCCGGCAAGUCCCAAGUUUAUUGUGACUCUAGAUGGGGUCCCAAGCCCCCGUGCUUAUCACUCUGAAGAAGAGGUGGAGCCGAUGGAGUAUACAGAGGAAGGCCUGUACGCCGAACCUCACAACCUGCUCAGCAGGGCUGAGCAAAGUCAUCCUAUGCAUCCGAAUUCCCAGGAUGUGCGCACUUCUAAUGAUGCUGCUGUUUCUGCAAAGGCAAAGAUCCACGAGCGCUGCAAGUAUUGGCCAGCAUGCAAGAAUGCAGAGCUCUGCGCCUAUCACCACCCAACUACUGUGUGCAAGGCUUUCCCCAAGUGCCGCUUUGCUGAUAAAUGCUUCUUCAUCCACCCGAACUGCAAAUUCGAUGCCAAGUGUACCAAAGCCGACUGUCCUUACACACACACGCCAGCAGACGGAUUCCGCCACCUCCUGUGAAACAAGAACCGACUGUCAAGAGCCAUGUAAGGGUUCAGUGUCGUUACUUUCCUUCAUGCAAAAACACAGAGUGCACAUAUUAUCACCCAAAGCACUGCAGGUUCAGCAGCCAUUGUACACGGGUAGACUGUGAAUUUUACCAUCCGACUACCACUGUCCCUCCCCGACAUGCCUUAACCUGGACACGGGCACAAGCUAG